CCGACCACCGGAGGCGCCCGUGCGUGGGUCGGGACCACGGUACACCGAGUCCAGCAACGUUAGCGAGGCGCAAAAACAAAGGGCUCCCAUAUAACGCAAGCUGCAAGCACGCAGCCACGCUCCCAUUCCGCCUCUCCUCCACCUCGCCACCACCACCCUCCACUCCCUCGUCGUGACAGGCCGGACCCACCGCCGACGAUGGACGCCACCGGACCACCGCCGCCGCCGACCGCAGUAGGCUCCGACGUCGACGGCGGCACCGGCUCCGGCGGCGCGAGGACGACGACCUUCUUCGGACUGUCCACGUCCGCCUUGGUGGCGGCGGGGGCGGCAGCGCUGGUCCUCGUCGUCGUCCUCGUGGCGGCCGGCACCGCCAGGCUCUGCGCGCGGCGGCGGCGGGGCGCGAAGCACCUGUCGAUGUCGCGCGUCGAGCACGCGCCCUCCUCCGGCUCGCUCCGCCAGGCGUCGUCGUCGUCCGCUCCCAAGGAGAAGGACCACGCGGAGGCCGGGGCGGGCACCGGCACCGGCACGAGCUCCUCCGACGUGGCCAGCUCGUCGGCCGCGGCCAGCUACCUGGAGUCGCCGGUGAGGCGGAAGCCGGAGAGGAUCAGCUGCGCCGCGGCGAUGGACAUGGGCUGGGGGCGGUGGUACGACCUGGAGGAGCUGGAGGCGGCGACCGGCGGCUUCAGCGAGGAGAACGUGGUCGGCGAGGGAGGCUACGGCACAGUCUACCGCGGCGUGCUCGCCGGCGGCGAGGUGGUCGCUGUCAAGAACUUGCUCGAUCACAAGGGUCAAGCAGAGAAGGAAUUCAAGGUGGAGGUAGAGGCGAUCGGCAAGGUGAGGCACAAGCAUCUGGUUGGUCUCGUUGGUUACUGCGCGGAAGGGCCCAAACGGAUGCUCGUGUACGAGUUCGUCGAGAACGGCAACCUGGAGCAGUGGCUGCACGGCGACGUUGGCCCGGUCAGCCCGCUGACAUGGGACAUUCGGAUGAAGAUCGCCGUCGGAACGGCCAAAGGAAUAGCGUACCUGCACGAAGGCCUGGAGCCCAAAGUUGUGCACCGAGACAUCAAGUCGAGCAACAUCCUCCUGGACAAGAAGUGGAACCCCAAGGUAUCCGACUUCGGGAUGGCCAAGGUGCUCGGCUCCGGAUCCAGCUACGUGACCACCCGUGUCAUGGGCACGUUCGGCUAUGUCGCGCCUGAGUACGCUUCGACGGGCAUGCUGAACGAGAGCAGCGACAUCUACAGCUUCGGCGUGCUGCUGAUGGAGCUCAUCUCCGGGAAGAGACCCGUGGACUACAGCAAGUCUGUCGGCGAGGUGAACUUGGUGGAGUGGUUCAAGGGGAUGGUGGGGAGCAGGCGGGUGGAGCAGCUGGUCGACCCGCGGAUCGAGGAUCCGCCGGGGGCGAGGGCGCUGAACAGGGUGCUGCUGGUGUGCCUCCGUUGCAUCGACUCCGACGCGCACAAGCGGCCCAAGAUGGGGCAGAUCGUGCACAUGCUCGAAGGCGACGAGUUCCCCUUCCGCACGGAGCACCGGACGCCGAGGGCGACGCACCGGACGUCGCCAAACAACACGCGGCCGUUGCUCAUGUCGGAGAAGGUCGGAGCCGAUGAUUUGGACAGGUCGAUGUGGCGAUGAUGAUGAUGAGCAGCUGACAUUUUUCUCCCUCGACACACACGGUGUACAUUUUUUGGUUCGUUUAACGCGCCCGGCCGGGAUCCAGCGUUUGAUAAUGUUGUUGCUUUUGGGGGGGGGGGGGGGGGGGGUUUAAAUUGUGUUUGGCGUAAUGUAUAAGUGACACGAUGUUUUAAAAAGGCAAUGUCGUCCCUGACCAAACGUUGAUACGCUCCCUACGCGACUGAUGGCUUCGUGUUGAUCUGGCCGGGGACGGUUGAGUGGUUUUCGUCGUGGCAUGUGGCGGUGCUCUGCUACGCAUUUACAGUGCAAGUGCUUUACUCCAUU